CAUGUUUGCCAUUGUAUCGUAGUCUGAAUGUAGACGUAGUCUGAAUGUAGACGGCUUUUGUAACCCAUGUAAAGCUAUACUGCGUGUAUGGUUGAAUGGUUAGUGUGUUCAGGUUCAAUUUUGGACGUUACUUCACAUUGAUUACUUUUAGUUUUUCCUUUGGAUAUUAGAUAUGAUUUUAUGGGGGCCCAUAAUUCUACAAGCCAACCUAGGAUGAGUGUCUCUGAAUCGGAUACUAGACAAACAACUAGUGAUAACGAGGAGUCCCCGGAUCUACAAGCAAUUCUAGCUUUUCUCAUUCGAAGUGGUCAAGUUAGAAUCCUCACGAAUGAUGAGGACGAUGUAGACAGUAAAGAAAGCGAUUCGGAUGGUUGCGAGUUUUACGGCCCAGCUCGGCCUCCGCAAGAGGAUCCACACCCAAAUACAGCAGAGCUUGAUAAGAAUGAUAUAAAACAGGAGAUAAUGAGGUCAUCAGGACGGGCUUUAAAAAGAACCACGAAGCCGACCGUGUUACAUAUGUUGCAGAAUCGGGAGCUGGGCAGAAACAAGAAGCAACAUUUCACACUGGAAGAUCAGAGGCUCAUUAAUUGUCAGUAUUUGCCAAAUCGAAUGACUACGGUGGCCAAUUACAGACACAAAGCUUUCUGUGGUACUUACUCGAAAGACGGCAGUAUUUUCUUAUCUGCAUCUCAAGAUCAAAAUAUCAGGAUAUAUGACACCAAGGAUGAUAUGUUUAAACUUAUGAAAACGAUAAGAGCCAGAGAUGUAGGCUGGAGUAUCUUAGAUACAGCAUUCAGUCCUGAUGGGAAUUACCUGAUAUACUCAAGUUGGUCUGAUGCAAUUCACCUAUGCAACAUCCAUGGGGAUUAUGACACUCACAUCCCGCUCCCGCUGAUGCCAGGCGACCACAGUUUUGCCAUUUUCUCCUUGACGUUUUCAUCAGAUAACACUGAAAUAUUAGGAGGAGCUAACGACAGAUGCCUCUAUGUGUAUGAUAGAGAAAGUAAUAGGCGGACAUUGAAGAUAUAUGCACAUGAUGAUGACGUGAAUGCAGUAGCAUUUGCUGACAACUCUUCACACAUUUUGUUCAGUGGUGGGGAUGAUGGACUUUGCAAGGUAUGGGAUCGUCGUACACUUAGAGAAGGCUGUCCAGAACCAGUGGGUACCUUCGGUGGUCACUUGGAUGGCAUUACAUAUAUUGAUUCUAAGGGAGAUGCCAGGUACCUUUUGUCAAACUCCAAAGACCAGACAAUCAAACUUUGGGAUGUGAGAAAAUUUUCACCAUCAGAGGCAGUGGAGAGCACAAAGAAAGCAGUGGCUAGACAGGGCUGGGACUACAGAUGGCAACAGGUUCCUCGAGCAGUGUCACGGAAGAGACGGCUUCAUGGUGAUUCGUCUGUGAUGACGUACAGAGGACAUUCGGUUCUGCAUACCCUGAUCAGGUGUCACUUCUCACCUGAGUACACCACCGGUCAGAGGUACAUAGUCACUGGCUGUGCCACAGGAGCGCUCGUCAUAUAUGAUCUGCUUACUGGAAAAGUGGUUUCCAAACUGAAGGGCCAUACUUCUUGUACAAGAGACAUUUCCUGGCAUCCGUACGAGAAUACGAUAAUGACGUCCUCUUGGGAUGGUAAAGUGAAUAAGUGGGAAUACAUGCAUGAGGAAUCGUCAGAUAAUGAAUCUGAGAACGAGGAUACAGAUUCGGACAGCUCGGACGGUACUUCCAGAAGGCGAAAAAGUCAACGACUGGCAAAACGGGAACGGGUAUUAAAACAAGAAAUGGUGUGCAGAAAUCGACAUGGUCUGUACGAGUGAUCAGAAAUCGACAUGGUCUGUACGAGUGAUGAGAAAUCGACAUGGUCUGUACGAUAUCGCUCAUUACUACCCUUUGCAGUUGUAGUAUCUAUUGAACUUUGCUCAAGCAGGAGAGUUUUGGAAAACAUUCUUGACAAUUGUUCAUCCUGUUUGUAAUCAUCUUGUGAUUGAUUUUGGAUACAUUCUGUAUUUACGCAGUGACCACGUCUUAAUCAAUGUGAUCUGCCCAAUGUUACUGUGAACUCUUUAUUGUUACGCUUGAUGGAGUAUGACAGCGAUUAAAAGAGUACAUCUCUUACCUAUACAUUUUAACUUUGUGUACUUUCAUCAAACUAUUCCUCAUCACAGGGAUGUAACGCUGACUUGUUACACCUGUGUAUACAUGUACGUAUAGUGCAGGUGUAAGUAAAGCUUGUGACAUUUGUAUUUAAUUUACUUGUCAGUUUUGUUUUUCCAAGCAUUCAUUACCUCCUGUAGAUAAUUUAGGUAUUUUUAAUGACUUGUGAUCUACUUUAUAUGUUCUGAAAAAAUCUCCAGUAUUCAGCAGAGGGACAAUGAAAAGAUAAAUUGAGAAGGGAAAUAACUCCAUCUCAUUAAUUGAAGCUCUGCUUCAAAUUGCAUAGAAGGAUAUAUUUUGUGUAUAUAAAUAUAUAACAUUAGAAAUCCUUUUUAAAAUCAUCAUGGUCUGUAUGCUAGUAUUGUAUGCAGGAUAAUUUUAGCCCCCCGUUUUAUUUUCAUUUAAUUUGCCCAUGGCUAUUCUAAAUGGACACAUAUACAUGAAAUAUAUCGUGGAGACAAGUGAGGACCUUUAACAUUUUGCAAAAUGAUUUUAGACAUGUUAAAAGCCACCUGUUCAUUUAACGCAUGAAAUAUAAGGCAGUCGGUGUAAACGGUGCAUUGUGACGUCAUUAUAGCUGCAAUGUUUUUUUUCCCUUUCAAAUCGAACAAUUAUCCACAACAAAACGUACAGUGGUAUGAGAAAGCUUGUCUGGAAUUUGAAAGCAUUUGUGGUACUUUCCAAGCAAUUUAUUUAUUUUAUUUAUGGGGUUGUAGAAGAUAUACCGCAGUGAGGGUAACAUUUUUCCAAAGGUAUUAUGGGUAAUCACCAUUUUUCAGCUGAUGGAAAGUAAAUCACGUCACUCAAAUGUGUUAUCAUUGGAGCAAGCUUGUUAAAGCGACAAAUUCUGCCAUUGCUUUAAAGCAGCAAAAAAUGGCCGUGGGCAAGUUUAAAACUGCAUAAAAUAAUCUUCCAGUGGAUAUGGACGAAAACACAGGUGGAAAAUUUUCAUUUUAUUAAGACAUCCUUCUGCUUUUAGUUUUAUUGUGAUGGUGAACUGCUAGAUGUUUUUCUGAAAUACAGACAGAGUAUACCAACAAUUAUCAUCACUUUUCCUUUAAACUUUUUGUAUAUUCACUGGAAUCUAUUUUUCAUAACUCUCCAGAGCAAAUGAUAUCUAAUGCACCCGCCAAGGAAAACAUGGUCCUUAACGCACACCUAUAUUUACUCAAGUACAAGAUAGAUAUAAGUCUUAGACUCUGUCCCCAAACACAAAUGUUUGUGGCAUUUUGUAGUCUGUCAAGCAGUGCCUUUGCACAAGAUAGUAUUGUUGAUUUUGUGAUGCAUGUUCUACUAAUGGUGAUUUUGGUCGAUAUUAAAUAUCCAGCAAGUCAGUUAACAAUGCACAUGUAUAUAUGUGUAUAUAUGUAUCGCAGAACUAACAAUGGCCAGUAUGAGUGCUGAUAGCAGGGGUAUCUUUGUCAUCUUUUGAUGUUUUUGUGUAUGUAAUGAUGAAGAUCUUUCAAGAUACGGUUGCCUAUUUAAUGGUUAUUUUGUUUGCAGACUCAUUCGUCUCUUUCAGAAGUUCUUUGGUUACAGUGGCAUUGUUGUUACAUAUAGCCAUUUUGUUUUUAAUGUAUCGAUGUGUUUUGAUUUUCAUAUUUUUAAUUAUAUGUAUGAUUUUUAAAUUUUUUUUCUUUGUAUGGGUAUCAUGUUUGUUUUGUUUGACUUUGUUUAAAUGAAGAAAUACUGCCAUAUUGUACAUGUACCUAUGUAAUAGAUCAGGCAGGUAAAAUAAAUUAGUUUCUUGUAAAGUACAGUGGUUCUUGGGCCGAAUGAGAAGACGUUUUGCUAUUUUAAGUGGAGAAAACUGAAAUUUUAAAAGAUGAACUAAAACAACAUAUAUACAAAUUGUACAGUUUUUUUUAUUACAUGACCCAGAUCAAAGAUGAAAGGGGGUGGGGGGAAAGAGAAGACCAUUGUUUUCUUCUCUCUGCUUUUAAUGGUCUGUUGUGGUUUCAGUCUUGGUCAUGUAUCCUCCCGUUAAGCCUUUGUCAAUUAAAUAAUGUUUGGGUAUCAGAAUGUCAUUAACAUACGUUAUCCACAGAGUGUUUCAAAGUUACAAUAUACAGAACGUACAUAGACCAGUCAAAAACUGUUAAUUGAUGACAUGCUUUAUCUUUCAGUCUGGCUCAGAUAGUCUGUACGAUUUGUCACUCCAUGCUAUUAUGCUUGACUGAGGAUUUUUUCAACUACUGUCACCAGAAUCCUAUUAAUGUUUGACUGGUCUAUUACAUUUCUGCAGAAUUUUCAUAUUUUGGAAAAAAAUAGAUUGGCAAAUACAUGUACAAACCAGCUUAAACCGGCUUGUAAGUGUUACACGAUAUUCAUUCAUUGUGCUUUUAUUGACUGAUUUUAAAUAUGAUACUUAUAAUACAUGUGUGAAGAACAUAAUUAUGUAUGUAUUGGUUUUUCUGUCAGACUGAUAAUGUAAAGGAAUGCUAUGUAAACUUUCAGAACAUACAAUUACAUCUUAGAAAAAAGUUGUAAAAAUUCUGUAUCAAAAGGGAUGGUAAUUUUAUUUGUUUUUCUCCAUUUCUUGCUUGUGAAAGUUAGAUCUUUUGGAUGUCUCUUUACUUCUUUACAGCAUGAUAAUAGCUCUUUAAUUUUAUGUUGUUGCUGCCGAAGAGAAAAAAUUUCAGCUACUGAGAAAAGCAAAUUUGUAAAUAUGUAACAAUGAUAUUACUGCAUUUUCUAUUUGUUGUUAUCAAUGAUGAAGAAUGUUAAUUAUUUGAAUAAAUGAAACAAAUAAU